CCGCCAGCAGUAAAGUUGCAGACCGGAAGUUGUACACACGAGCUCGCGUUCGUCUUCCUCCUUCGUGUGCUCAGAAGACGAACACGCGACGCUACCAUCUCUCUCGAUUUCUCUGCUUCCCUCUUCCCCAAUCGGAGUCGAUCCGAUUUCGCGUUCGAUCUCCCGAAACCCCCUGUAGCCUUCCCAUGGAUUUGGCCGAACUGUGGGCGAUCUUCGGGCCGGGCGUCGCCGGCGCCGUGUUCGGCGCCGGGUGGUGGUUCUGGGUCGACGCCGUCGUGUGCAGCUCCGUCACGGUCUCCUUCGUCCACUACCUCCCCGGUAUCUUCGCCUCUUUGGCUGCGCUGAUGUUCAAUUGCGUGAGGAAGGAAGACAUCGACUACUCUCCUUACGAUGAAGGCGAGUGGAGGUUGAAGCUUUGGCUUUUCUUUGCCUAUGUUGUUUCAUUCGUCUCUCUGGCAGCAUCUGUGGGCCUGUUAAUUCAAGAUUCACUCGAGACCUCUGGACCUCCAGUUUGGACAGGAGUUGCUGGUGUCUUGCAAUGCGUGUUUGUGUUGAUCAGUGGACUAAUUUAUUGGACAUCGCACUCAGAGUGAGGCCUUGGUCUGUAACGAUGUACUUUGUGAACAUAUCGAGAUGGAGGACUCUGUAGAGUGACUAAAUCGUGAUAUGAUCAUUUGGAUGCACGGAGCCAGCUUCGUCAUCGCGGAGAAGGUGACUAUGUAUAUCUGAAUUUUUAUUGUUUUCUGAGUAUGAAAAGGAGGGGCUCUUUAACUCAAAGCAAUUAGCUUUUGUGGGGGAGAACCCAUUCGACUCGGUCUAUUUGCGGUGGUGUGAGUGUUCAACUGA